GUCGACCUUAUCUUAUCGGGGCCUUGGACUCAAUGGGUAGGCACCGAAGCCGAUAUGGGAGUACGUACUGGGGGCGCCGUCCAUGGUUCCCCACGACUCCUGCCACAGGCUGUAACAAGCUGCAGGAUACCUUGCAGGCCCCGAGUGGCAGCGAGACGUCACUGUGGCACGCGUCAGCUCUUAUGCGAGAGAGGAGUGGCGCGCAUGGAAUAGUAAAUGACCACCCUCGAAUGUACCUGGGCGCUUGGGUGGGUUGACGACGCUUUCAACCCAAAAAACACGGGUUGCGAACACGGUUGCCAUCAACACUUCAACGUGUGUCUUCGGCCCAGUUCAAACCGUAUAUAGCUAGUAGCAAGAGGAAUCCGAGGACUGUUUCUAGUCGUCACGUCACAAAAGGCAAACAACCGCACCACUACAGCCACGGCUCACUCGACAAAAUGCCCACGCCACUAGACAAUGCCAUGAAAUCCAGGAGUGCAGUUCUUGGUGCGUAUAGUAACCCGACUAUUGCUCGUGAGUCCGGCGCUCAUUGCGUCGCAGCAUUCGGCGGACUGGUGACGGCCGUAGCUGUCUGGGCCAUAUACGGCGGAGACAUGUUCCCUGCUGGCCCGGACCCGACAGGCGCCCCAGAAGAUUGGACCAGAGAGGAGAUGAGGAGAUGGUUGGCCGCGAGAAAUUUGUUCCCUCACGAAAAUGACACACGAGAGGAGCUUCUGGCACGAGUCUUGGCCAAUAUGAGAGCUCCGAGGCGGUAGGAAUGUUUCACUGGCGGUUCAAUAGAAGGGAACUUGAUGAUUGGAACGCGGCGGAACUAGUAUUGAUAUUCAAUCCUUCAAAGAUGUAUCACUUCUGGCCCUGGUUCGUGAGGAUGCCUACCACCACCUGACUUUAUACAGGUGGAAAAGUAUCGUACAAAAAAACAAAACAAAAAAAGCUUUAAGAAACUCAAGAGCAUUUGCCUCUCCCGGUUGUUAUCGGUGCAUAUGCUUCUUCAUGAUUCAUCUAGCCUCUUACAGCUCAUCCCUUCCCGAGGCCUUUCCGACCGUCGGCUCAUCCGUUGUGACCUUGCUGGUAGACUUCCAAUUAAGGGCGUUGAGGCGCUCGGACAGAUGAGGGUGAGAGAAGUGGUAGGUCGCGUACAUCCAGUCGGCAUCCAUGGAGCUGAGGUUCUGGAUCUGGAGCUUGAGGAGCGACCGAGCCAGCUCAGCAGAGUAGCCGAGCUUCUGGGCGAAGGCGUCAGCCUGGAACUCGUACUUGCGGCUCAGGACGUUCAUGAGCAGCUUCACAACAGUGUCCAUGGGCGAAAGUGCGUCAGAGAAGAGGAUGAAGCCGAUGAUGAUCGGAUGUUCCGUAAGAAAACCAAAGUCGGCGUACAGCGACUGGUUGCUGAUGAAGACGGAGAAAAGAGCGAAGAUGUAGAGGAAAUGGGCCUGCAUAGAUACCGAAGAGACGGGUGGUGUGGCCGAGGCUCCAGUGACCGAGCUCAUGGGCGAGGACGGCGACAACCUCCUGUGUCUCGCUCUUCUCAAUGAGGGUGUCAUAGAUGACAAUGUGCUUCUUCCAAGGGAGACCAAAGAAGUAGGCAUUGCUGUGGGCGCUACGCUUGCUUCCGUCGAUAACAUAGAGUUCGUGAAGGGGAAAGUUCAAGCUCUUGGCGAGGCUCUCGACGCCAUUCUUCAACUCGCCCUCUUCCAAGGGCGACAGCUUGUUGAACAGCGGCAGGAUGGCGACCGGGUAGAUGGUGAUCAUGAAGACUUGGAGGCCAGCGGCGAACGCCCAAAGGUAGAAGAAGAACUGGUUACCCGUCUUCUUGACAAUGGAGAGGAAACCGGCGAGGAUUGGGGGCGCAAGGACGAAGGCGAGGAGCUGGGACUUGAUCAUGUCGGUGAUGAAGAGCUUGGGCGUCUGCUUGUUGAAGCCGAACUUCUCCUCGAGCACAAAGGUCUGGUAGAUGGAGCCGGGUAGCGAGAGGACCUGUUGGAUCAUAAUGAAGGCGAGGACAAAGACUAUGGACUGGGAUAUCUCGCCGGUGAAGCGCGCCGGCGCAAAGUUCAGCAGCAGAUUACCGGACCAGGACCAUAGCUUGGGGAGGACGUCGAACUGGAUGAAGGCGAUGUUCUGGAUCUGACCCCAGAGACCGUUGAUGAAGCCGAACUCAGCUUUGGCGCGACCGUAGGCCUGAGACUUGUCGAAAACCUCCUGCGAGACUUCCUGUUCGAGGACUUUGGGCGGCUUGGUGUUCUUGAGGACCUGGUACUGGCGGAGGGAGAGCAGACUCUCAAAAACGAACUGGCCGACAGAGAAGCCGAGAAUGAGGCGCUUCCAUGGGAAGAGAGGUCGGUCCAAGAACCGCGCGAGACGUUGAAGGAAAUCCAUAUUGGCCUCACUUUGCUUCUUCUUCGGAUUCCGGAGGGGGUUGCAAAGGAGGGACAGGAAUGGAAGGAUGUUUGAUUGAGGAAACAGGGCCAGGCUCCGGACCUUGUCGCUCGCAAGCUGACAUUCAGACCCAGCAGCAACAACGUAGCUCAGGCAAGCUGUCCACAGUGAACCGACGACCAA